UGAUUUCUGGAAACGGCUGUCGAUGCAACGUACUGAAUCCUAUUUCAAACUACUGUCGGGUCCACUGAAAACAUAAAGGGUUACAGACACUGAUAACAUGAAGGGUUACAGAGUACGCGUAAUUUCUAUUCAGAUCGGCUGGACAACAACAACACAGACAGCGCCACAGGCAGACGCCAUAUUGGCAAAACCAAAAUGGCUGCUUGUAGGCGAGCUCAGCAAUUGUAACAGUUACAACAUCACUCGGUUUUUUCUGCUUUUCCUGAUUUAUACCGAAAAAAAAUUAUAUCCUGACAGUCCAGACUUCGCACGGAAACGACAAGGAGGUCCCGCUGUUUAGAAUCAAAGAAAACCACUGAGUGAAAAUGAUCAAGUUUUUUUUGAUGGUGAACAAGCAAGGUCAGACCAGGCUGUCUAAAUAUUUUGAACAUGUGGAGAUUCAUAAACGGACUUCUUUAGAAGCAGAUGUAAUUAAAAAAUGCCUCUCCCGGACAAAGGACGAGUGUUCGUUCGUUGAGUAUAAAGAUUUCAAGCUGGUCUAUCGACAGUAUGCUGCACUUUUUAUUGUGAUUGGGGUGGACGAAGCAGAGAAUGAGCUGGCAGUGUUUGAACUGGUACAUAAUUUUGUGGAAGUUCUGGACAAGUAUUUCAGCAGAGUGAGCGAGUUGGAUAUAAUGUUCAACCUGGACAAGGUGCACAUUAUUUUGGAUGAGAUGAUUUUAAAUGGCUGCAUUGUGGAGACAAAUAAAAGCAGGAUACUGGCCCCUCUGCUGGUCCUUGAUAAAAUGGCAGAAAGCUGAGCUAGACAUUCUUUACUGAAGAUUUUUUUUUUAAGUUUUAAAAAAUGUGAUCAUGAAAAAGUGAUCCUUCGGAGAUUGUUUUCAUAGCAUCUUUUCAGAAUAUUUGUCAACACUGAAGGAGACACAAGAACCUAAAGAAGAACAGAGCCUACUCGAUGCACGUAGAUAACAAAACUUAUGCAUAUCAAGACAACUAUUGAAAAAUAUCACUUUUGCCUUAUGAAUAAAGUGUUACGUACUUGUGGUAGAAAAUCAGUUUGUAUUUGUGCACAUGAGCUUAUCAGGUUUCAACUAUCAAAUGUUCAUACAGUAAGAUAUUUAUGAAAGUUUGCUAUUUAAAAAGUAAAACAAACAAAAAAAAACAGCUGGUAACAAUUAAGGAAAAUGUCAGUUCUGCACAUGCCUACACCUAACCCAUUGGAUAACGGUUUCCCUGCCUUUGCCAAAUGCAUUUUCUGACACAACCACAAAGCUGUCUUGGUUAGUAAAAUCACGCACCUAAAACACUAAUGCAAUGUGACAAAUUUAAAAUAAUAAAAGCAACAGCACCUUUACUUUUGCAAACAUUUUAAUG